AUGGAUCAAGGAAGGCAAGUGUUUUCAGUUGAUCUCCUCGAGAGAUAUGCCUCGAAGAAUCGUGGUAUGAUUACAUGUAUGGCUGCUGGAAAUGAUGUAAUCGUUCUGGGUACAAGUAAAGGAUGGAUUAUCCGGCAUGAUUUCGGAGUUGGGAAUUCUUAUGAUAUUGAUCUCUCUGUUGGUCGAACUGGGGAGCAAUCGAUUCACAAGGUUUUUGUUGAUCCUGGUGGUAGCCAUUGUAUUGCUACAGUGACUGGUGUUGGAGGAGCUGAAACUUUUUAUACUCAUGCGAAAUGGCCUAAGCCGCGUGUGUUGAGCCGCUUGAAAGGUUUAUUGGUUAAUGCUGUGGCUUGGAACAGACAACAGAUAACAGAAGUUUCUACUAAAGAGAUCAUUCUGGGCACUCACGAUGGGCAGCUGUUUGAGAUGGCUGUGGAUGAGAAGGACAAGAGAGAGAAGUACAUCAAGUUUUUGUUUGAAUUAGAAGAACUUCCCGAGGCCUUCAUGGCUUUGCAGAUGGAAGCAGCCAGCACAAGCAGUGGAAUGAGGUACUAUGUGAUGGCUGUAACUCCCACUCGACUCUAUUCGUUCACCGGGAUUGGAACAUUGGAAUCUGUUUUUGCUAGUUAUAAAGAACGUGCAGUUCAUUUUAUGGAACUUCCUGGUGAAAUACCAAACAGUGAACUACAUUUCUUUAUAAAGCAACGAAGAGCGGUGCAUUUUGCAUGGCUUUCAGGAACAGGAAUUUAUCAUGGUGGCCUAAAUUUUGGAGCUCAGCACAGUUAUCCAAAUGGUGAUGAGAACUUUGUGGAGAGCAAAGCGCUCUUGGACUACUCAAAACUGAGUGAUGGCAGUGAAGUAGUUAAGCCUAGUUCAAUGGCCCUCUCAGAGUUUCAUUUCUUGCUUCUUAUUGGGAAUAAGGUUAAGGUUGUGAAUCGGAUAAGUGAACAAAUCAUUGAAGAGCUCCAGUUUGAUAUAACAGCAGAUUCAGCUUCGAGGGGCAUAAUUGGACUUUGCAGUGAUGCCUCUGCGGGCCUUUAUUAUGCGUAUGAUCAGAAUUCGAUCUUCCAGGUUUCUGUGAUUGACGAAAGCAGAGAUAUGUGGAAGGUUUACUUAGACUUAAAAGUUUAUGCUGCAGCUUUAGCAAACUGUCGUGACCCUCUCCAGAGAGACCAAGUUUAUUUAGUUCAGGCAGAAGCUGCAUUCACCGACAAGGAAUAUCUACGAGCAGCAUCAUUCUAUGCCAAGAUCAAUUAUGUAAUAUCUUUUGAGGAGGUCACUUUGAAGUUUAUUAGUAUCAACGAACCGGAAGCUUUGAGAACAUUCCUGUUGCAUAAGCUUGAUACUCUUUCAAAGGAUGAUAAAUGCCAAAUAACAAUGAUAUCAACAUGGGCAACUGAGUUGUAUCUGGACAAGAUAAACCGGCUGCUUUUGGAAGAUGACACUGCUAUAGAAAAUCGUAACUCAGAGUAUCACUCAGUCAUUCAAGAAUUCCGUGCUUUCAUGAGCGACUGCAAGGAUGUAUUGGAUGAGGCAACCACAAUGAAACUUCUGGAAAGUUAUGGUCGGGUUGAAGAAUUGGUAUAUUUUGCAAACUUGAAGGAGCAGUAUGAAAUCGUGGUUCACCAUUAUAUUCAGCAAGGGGAAGCAAAGAAAGCAUUGGAGGUGCUCCAGAAAUCUUCAGUUUCAGAUGAGCUUCAGUAUAAAUUUGCGCCAGACCUUAUCAUGCUUGAUGCGUAUGAAACCGUGGAGGCAUGGAUGGCCAACAAAAAUCUGAACCCGAGGAGACUAAUUACUGCAAUGAUGCGUUACUCAAGCGAACCUCAUGCAAAGAACGAGACACAUGAAGUCAUAAAAUAUCUUGAGUUUUGCGUCCAACGUUUGCAUAACGAGGACCCAGGGAUUCACAAUUUACUUCUCUCAUUAUAUGCUAAGCAGGAAGAUGAUAGUGCCCUCCUCCGUUUCCUGCAAUGCAAAUUUGGGAAAGGACGGGAGAACGGCCCUGAAUUUUUCUACGAUCCCAAAUAUGCGUUGCGUCUAUGUCUCAAGGAAAAGAGAACUCGUGCCUGUGUCCAUAUAUACAGCAUGAUGUCUAUGCAUGAAGAGGCAGUGGCCCUUGCUCUUCAGAUUGACCCAGAACUUGCUAUGGCCGAGGCUGAUAAGGUUGAAGAUGAUGAAGACUUGAGAAAGAAGCUGUGGCUGAUGGUUGCAAAGCAUGUCGUCAAGCAGGAAAAGGGAGCUAAAAGGGAAAACAUAAGGAAAGCGAUUGCCUUUCUCAAGGAAACUGAUGGCCUUCUAAAGAUUGAAGAUAUUUUGCCAUUCUUUCCGGACUUUGCCUUAAUUGAUGACUUCAAGGAAGCGAUUUGCUCAUCUCUCGAAGAUUACAACAAGCAAAUAGAACAAUUGAAAGAGGAGAUGAAUGAUGCCACACGUGGUGCAGAUAACAUUAGAAAUGAUAUUAGUGCACUAACUCAAAGAUAUGCUGUAAUCGACCGUGACGAGGAAUGCGGGGUUUGUAAACGUAAAAUCUUGAUGAUGACUGGGGAUUUCAGAAUGGCCCAGGGAUAUUCUUCAGCUGGACCAUUGGCUCCUUUCUAUGUCUUUCCUUGUGGGCACUCUUUCCAUGCACAGUGUCUGAUCACACACGUCACAAGCUGUGCGCACGAAGAGCAAGCCGAGCAUAUACUCGAUCUUCAGAAGCAGCUGACAUUGCUUGGUAGCGAAACCCGGAGGGAUAUAAACGGUAAUCGAUCUGAUGAACCCAUAACUAGCACAACUACUGCAGACAAGCUUCGAUCAGAGCUAGAUGAUGCUAUUGCCAGCGAAUGCCCGUUCUGUGGAGAAUUAAUGAUCAAUGAGAUCACUCUGCCUUUUAUUAAACCUGAGGAAACACAACAUUCUGCUUCAUGGGACCUCCGACCACAGACCAACUUAGCAAACCAGAGGACCAUUUCUUUGCCUGUUUGA